AUGGCUCCCCCGCCCAUCUCCAUCUACGUGCGCAAGCACAUCGAGCUCCUGCGCCGUGCUCUCGGAGGGUUUGAGAUUCCCUACGAGGAAUACGAUCUGGCGACAGACGAGGAGGCGAAGAAGCGAUGGCAGCGAGCCAAGCCUCUGGGACAGGUUAUCGGCCUGCCCGGAUACCUCGUCGGCGGAGAGUUCAUCGGCACGAUGGACGACUUCGAGGAGGCCGUUGAGAUGGGAUAUCUGGAGAAGUUCCUGCGGCAGGACCACGACAUGGCGGAGACGUCGCAGACGAUUGGUGAGGAUGAGCUCGACAAGCUAAUGCGCGAGAUGACGGAUGCGGACCUCGACUCGCUCGUUGAUCACCUGUCUGUCGAUGACGUCGACGAGGCGGAGCUCGCGGAUCUCGGCGCGAGCACUCCUCCAAGCCGCACUGCCGAUCUUCCCUCCACCUCCAGCUCGACAAGUGGCCUCUUCUCGAGCACCGCGGCUGCCGACGCUUCGCCUACCAAGUCGGACGCCAAGAGCACGCCGACGACGGCCGCCGACAAGGGCGCGGGCGCGGCCGCCUCGCCAGUGAAGGAGAAGGCUGAGGGCCUCCUGGCUUCUGUCGGCGCCGCUGUCUCCGAGCUGGGCCACAAGGCGAGCGAGGCGGUACACGCGGUCGAGCAGAAGGUGGAGGGACUCGCCGCUGAGCCCGCAUCGGUUACCGCCGCCAAGGAGGAGCUGGAGGAGGGCACGUCCCCGAUUAAGGAGACGCGUGCGGAACCGCCAGUUGAAAGCGACAGCCGUACGGCCGCGGAUCUCGUCGAGUUGGACAAGAAGGAGGUCGCGUCCCCGGGUCCGCUUCCGAACGAGCCGACGCUGGACGAGCUCAUCGACACGACGCUCGCGAAGGAGUCAAUCGAGGCGGAGAAGAAGGACGAUGAACAGGCCAAGGCGGACGACGAGGAGGGCGAGAAGGAGCGCCAGCGUUUGCUAGCUGAGGCGAAGAAGAGCGAGGCAGCCAUCCACAAGGCGGACAGCGCCAAGGCCGCCACCUCCGGGCCCGCUCAGACCGCCAAGGUCGAGAGGGACGAGGAGGAGCUCGCACAGGAGCAGGAGAAGGCUGCAACUGAGGCCGGCAGGAAGGUGGAGGAGAGCCUUCGCGCCGCCGAGGCGAAGGACGAGCCGACGAACGAGGCCACGCUCGACUCCAUCAUCGACAAGACGAUGGCAAAGGAGCACGCCGAGUACGAGGCCAAGAAGGCCGAGGCGGAGAAGCCGGCCGUGCCCGCCUCUGACGCGACGCACGCCGCCGCCGAGUCGGCCAAGAAGACUGAGUGA